UAUGUGUUUCAAAAGAUAUACUCAGGCCACUUCCGGUACAAUUUUCGAUGGUGAGGUGCCCUUGUCCCGGAAGUUGCGUCAGAUGCGAAGCUCUUCGAAUUUGUCCCUCGUUUCCUUACGUUCAAACUUCCAUUUCCGGAAGUUACGGAAGCACCAACCACGGAAACAUCGAAAAUUAUACAAAUAUUUAUCGGCCGGCUCCGCUUCGACCUGUCCCCAGAGUUCCGAUAACGUCUACUACCUCGACACCCACCAAUCAAUCAGAAUCCAAUACCAGAAGAAAGAGAUCGUGGUCGAGGGCUGUGUUCAGUUCUUUGCAACGAAAAGGAUUGGAGAGGAGAUUUUCCUUGCAAAAAUACAUCACGAAACCGGAUAGAAGGCAACUUGCCGCCACUCUUGGCCUUACGGAUGCACAAGUAAAAGUAUGGUUUCAAAACCGUCGAAUGAAAUGGCGACACACGAAAGAGAGCGAAAGCGCCCCUUUGUCGAAUCUUGAUUCUCAAAAGGAUUCGUCUAGGAAAUUAGGAAAGGAUAACGCAAAGAGUGAAAAGACUGCUUCGGAGGACGAGGAGGACAUCGAGAUCGAGGUUGAUGUGUGAACAUUGAAAAUGUACAUUGACGAUAUUUGACCCGGUCUAGUUUUCUAAUUUACUGUAACACGAUAUAUUCGUAUAUGUUAAAUAAAAUUUAUAUACGUGAA